AUGGCUGAAUCAGUGCUCGUUGCGUUGGGCGGCACUACUGCGAGUUCCGAGAACGGUGUGUUGCGGGCGCUGCGGGCGGCGCUGAGCGAAUCGUUCCCGGAAUUCACGCAUCACGUGCUGGAUAUGGACUUGGACCUGGAACUGGACCCUGCUACCAGGCAGUACUCUCCACGGGAUUUCGAUUUCGAGGACCUACUGUCCAAAGUAUCUGCUGUGCUGGCUGAACCCUUGACGGUUGUUCUUCUGAGCGGUCGUUACGCCCUGUUCGACCCUGUCGUGGCGGCCCUCUCCGCGUUAAAAGUGUUUGUGGAUACGGACGACGACACACGGCUGAUCAGCCUGAUCAGAUCGCAGUCCCCGCAAACACCGGAUGCGCUGUCAGGGCUUCUGGAGGACUAUGUGCACCAUGUGCGCAACGAGGACCGCGACUACGUCAAGCCGACGCGGGCCCGCGCGGACCUCAUCAUCCCACACAGCAACGACGUGUCUCUCGGAGUCGCCAUAAUAGUGGACGGACUACACCGGUGUCUAGAUAACAACAUGGCCACAGCGUCGACGGUGCCCGGCACGGCCCGCUCCUUCGCCGUCGAGCAACUCGACGCCCUGUCCGGCAGGUACUUCGACGCUGCGUAG